AGUCUGUUGGCGCUCAAAUGGGUAAUUGCGCACACAGCGAACUGAACUGUAGCGCCGACUCCAACUACGACCCAAGUGUGAAAGCGUCCUAUUUCUGAGCGUCAUCCAGAGAUCAGCGGGGGCUUGGAGCUCUGCGGAAAACUUGGAUUUGCUUUGCAAGUAUUGCUCAGUAUGCGGAUGCAUAAACUGCGUAUGAGCGCAGUUUAACGCGCUCUUUAUCCUUUUUCUCCCCCCACCGGAGGAGCACUCCUUCCAUCAGUGACGAUGGGUUCUGUGAUGUUGGACUGGAGGUUAUCAUGCUUUCUUCUGCAGGCAGCUGUUUUGCUGCUGCUCAGCAAGGGGGAGAGGAUGUGUCCUGCGAGUUGUCGCUGUGAAGGAAAGAUUGUUUAUUGCGAGUCUGGCAUCUUUCAAGACAUCCCAGUAAACAUCACCACAGGAUGCCAAGGUCUGUCCCUGCGUUAUAAUAACCUGCUGGUUCUUUUGCCAUACCAGUUUGCUCAUCUCAACCAGCUAAUCUGGCUUUACUUGGACCACAAUUCCAUCAAUGCUAUAGAUGCUUUAGCUUUCCAUGGUGUACGCAGGCUGAAAGAACUGAUCCUCAGCUCCAACAAAAUAGCACAUCUGCACAAUAACACAUUCAGUGCAAUACCAAACCUGAGAAAUCUGGACUUAUCUUAUAAUCAGCUGCAGUUUCUGCACCCAGGACAUUUCUAUGGCCUGCGCAAGCUCCAGAAUCUUCACCUUCGAUCUAAUGGACUAAAGCAGAUCCUCAUUCGCACCUUUCUGGAAUGCCGCAGUUUGGAGUUUCUAGACCUGGGUUAUAAUCGCUUGCGCAGCCUCACUCGCACAGCAUUUUUAGGGCUGUUCAAGCUGAGAGAGCUUCAUUUGGAACACAAUCAAUUCUCUAGGAUUAAUUUCUUUAUUUUCCCACGACUUUCCAACCUCCAGGCUCUUUAUUUGCAGUGGAACCGGAUCCGAUCCAUUAGUCAAGGUGUGCCAUGGACCUGGCUGAAACUGCAGAAACUGGACCUUUCAGGGAAUGAAAUCCAAAUGUUGGAUCCUGCUGUUUUCCAGUGCAUGCCAAGCUUAGAAAUGCUGAACCUUGAAUCAAAUAAACUGAGUAGUGUGUCUGUGGAAGUUGUGGCAGCGUGGACCUCCCUGACCACUGUUAGCCUGGCAGGCAAUGCCUGGGACUGCAGCCCCAGCAUCUGCCCUCUUAUGGGAUGGCUCAGGACCUUCAGGGACUCCAAGGACAUCAGCAUGAUUUGCAGCAGUCCCAAGUCUGUGCAGGGUGAAAGAGUGGUGGACGUGAUGAGGAAUUACUCUAUAUGUGUGGAUGCAUCGUAUGUGUUUUCAACUACAGCUCUCAUCUUAUUGCGCUCAACCCAAAAUGUGAACAUCACAACUUGGCCAGCUUCCUCUGGAGUUACAGAACUGACCCACACUAUGUCACCCUCACAGAAAUUAACCACUUCACCUGCCCGUCCAAGUGGGACAGACAGGAAGAUAGCAGAGUCCACAACCAUGAGCUUUACAGCCCACAUCUCUCCUGAAACCCCAACAUCAUUUAUCCCAGAGCUACAGUUUGAACAUAUGUCUUUCCAUAAAAUCAUUGCAGGCAGUGUAGCCCUGUUCCUGUCAGUGUCAUUGAUCCUACUGGUUAUGUAUGUCUCAUGGAGGCGCUACCCCAACACCAUGAGGCAGCUGCAGCAGCACUCAGUCAACCAUAAGCGCAGGAAAAAGGCUCUCAAGCAAGAGCAGGACCUUAAUUCUCAGUUGCAAGAGUAUUAUCUGAGCUACCAUUCAAACUCUGAGGCGAUGGACUCCUUGGUGAAUGAGACACGGCCAUGCACGUGCACUAUAUCAGGAUCCAUAGAAUGUGAGGUGUGAGCGUUUCAUCUUUAAGAGACAUAAGGUGCAACUACUAAGCUGAGAUAAAUGUUUUUUUCCUGGUUUUAUCUUUGAUGUAAGGCGAUAGAUUCUGCUGCACCGAAGAAAAUACUUGGGGGAUAAUACAACUUAAUUAUGUGAACAGAAAAGAUGAUUGGAAUGGAGAGAGCUGAUUAUCACCCUGACGUGACUCACAUGGAGAAAGUGGCCAGGUUAGCUGUGUUCAGUACAAGAUUUUAACUGGACUUUCACAGCAGGGAAGGCUCUGUAGGAAGACUGUUUAGAGAGUUUAUCAUCAUGAGCCAACAAAAGAGCUAUUUCCUUGCUAGUUUUGUUUAUAAUGUCAUGUAGCCUGUGAAGCAUUAGGAUGUGUGUGAGUAUUUAAGUUUAUGUGUGUGUGAGUGCAUUAUAAGGAUGAGCUGAUAAUCCCUUGGUUUACUGAUAGCUGGAUGGAGAAGUUCAAAGUGUUGCACCUUCUUCUCACCCAUACUAAUUGUCCUGUUAAGUAAUUUUGCAUUUGGCAGACAAGUUAAGCUGUAGCAGUAGCAUAAAAAGUGGGGGAACAAUCACAAAGAGCAUCAUUUGCAUGAAGCCAUUCUCCUUAAAACAGAUGCUUCUCUCUCACAUAAUUAAUUAGUUUUUACUGACAAAAGAAAAAAAAUGUGUGUGUCUCUUUUUUUGUUGUGUUACAAGCCACAAAUGGAGCAUAUUACCAACCCACAAGUCUUAUCUCAGGAUGUAUUAGUCUUAAGAUGUACAAAUAUGUCAGAUUAAGGUAAGGCUUUUUGUGUGUGCGUGUGUAUGUGUCAAAAAUGACAAUGUUAAUUUUAGUAAUAAAUUUUGUAUUGAUUAUUCCUGUCAUGAUAAGUAUGCAUUGUUUGUGUAAAGGUAUAGUUAUAUGGAUUCUAGGUUGUUAUUUUCUCUUUUUUUGUGAUUUUAACUGUACAAUUAAAAGAAAUACUGAGAGCUGCUGAAAGAAAAUGUGCUUGUGUUGAGACCAUCGAUGGCUGGAGCCCAUUCACGGAGAGAAAGAAAUCUCUUUAAAUCCAUGCAUUGUGCUUUGGAUGUCACACAUUUCAGUGGAUUUCCUGCUGCAUGCAAAGGAGCUGACAGUUUCACGUGCCUUCUUUUCUGGUUGUUGUCUAUCCUCUUCUGGAGCUGUAGCACCACCAACAACAGUACUGAUUGUAUCUGGAUUACACACACCUCAGACUCAGAAUAGGGGACCAAGACUGUAGCUGAGACUAAACUCAUCUGGAAAAGAGUGGUUUUAUACUCUCAGUUUUCUUGUAAACAGGUUUGCUUUUAGUGCCAGUGGAGCUUAAGGAGGCAGUGCUAUUCUUUGCUUGUCCAUGAGACAAAAGACAUUGCAGUCCCUGAAACCAAAAACAGAUUAAGAAGCUCUGGUUUAUGUAACCAAUGUUCUCUGUCACUUUGGAAAUAUUAUUCCAGUGUAGUGAAACGAAGGCGAGCAUAAAGGCUGGCUACUGAGGUCAUUCUAUAAUGAAGUUAUCACUCACCUUGUUCUGCCUUUUCCCCAUCAACUCCUUCAUUUUCUCCCAGCUUCAAUUUGCUUUUCCUUUUUUUUUUUCUUUUUAGUAUGUUCAUUGUGAGCAGAGAAAAAUUAACCUUAGCAAGGAGACGAGCAUAAGUUAAGCCAGGCAUGCAGAGGCAGCACUGGUGCUAGCAUGUAAUACCUAUAAAGGUGUUUUCUUGCAGCUUUUACCUUCUCACUACAGUCUUUUCCUUACAGCGGUCAGCCCUUUUGUGCAGUAAGUACACAUUUAAUUCCCUCUGCUCAUUAUCAGCUAUUAGCAUGUUCACAGCUCUUGUGUAGUAAGUAUAAAGUUUCUGACUAGUCAAAGGUUGUUCAGAUAAGGAUUUAUGAUCUCCCACAGUCCAUAUUUAAACAUGAUUCAGCCUUUCUUUAUGCUCUGGGCAGGCAAAGAGGCAUGCUGCCAACAGAAUUUAUAUCCAUAUAUUUAGUCUCCAGCUCUUGCAUAAAUUAUGAAUUUCUUUCGGGGGCCAGUGGGAAAACCUGUAAGCCAAACAAAAAAUGUAAUAUAAGCAGAAAAAAAUGAUUUGUUGGCCUAAUUUUGGCAGAUAUUGUAAUUAGUGUUUGAUUUGUCAUAUUGUGACUGAUGAAAAGUAAUUUAGUAUGUUCUGAAACCUUUUGGUGAUGUGUAGCUGAGAGAGGAAUGCCGACUAGAGAGCUGUGGUCUGCAUCCUGCUGAUCAUUAUUGAGAAUAUUGUUUGGAUGAAAAAUUGUGGGAGGUUGCAUUAUUGACUUGAACACAACAAUGAACAAAAGGAACGCACUCAGGAGGCAAAAUAUAAAAAUAUACAUUCCGAGGCAAAAGAAAAGUUGUUAAAUCGAAGUACCUUAUGCACAGCAAAGCUCUCUUAAACAAGGAUGCCCCAUUUCAGUCCUUAAGGGCCACUGGCCUGCAGGUUCGUGAUGUUUCCUGCUUCAACUCACCUUCAUUUACAGGCUUGUGUAGAACUUGACAGCAAGCUGUUGAGGCAAUCUGUUUAACGUGAAUCAGGUGAGUUGGAGCAGGGAAACAACUAAAACCUGCAUGAAGGUGGCCCUCAGGGACUGAGAUUGUUAAUCCCUGCUCUGAAAAGAUGAUAAAGGUCAAAUAGUGUGUGAAAUUCAUGCAGGAAAAAACCUGGACAAGCAGUUACAUAUACUUUUAUGCAACCACCUGCUCAGCCUUUAUUACCAGAUGUAAGAUUUCAAUUAUAUCUCUCACUGGGGACUUUUCGAAGGUCGAUAAUGGUUAGCUUAUCUUUGCCGAAGGUUACAUUAGUAAUUUAAAGGUGGACACAAUCUUGCUUAAGCAUCAGUGAUGAUAUUUCAUCCCUGCAUAAACAAUGUUCAUCUGAUUGUCAGUUUUCCUCUCACAGCACACAGAAAGAAAUGUGAUAAUUCAACUCUUUGCAAACAAGCUUAUUUGUGUUGUUGCCAAGUGGUACAUAGAAAAUCUACACCACUUCCCUGUCUGUCUGAUUAAUUCAAAGCAAACACCCAGGAAUUGCUUAGUGUAAUGUUGAACAACUAGCCUGGCUUUGUUCAGAGGUGACAAAAUGUAUUAUACCUAAUACCUGAUUCAUUCAUUCAUAAAAAAGAAAAAUCAAAAGGUUUAAAAAUUAAAUACUGGUGUUUUAUCAGGUAAUUGCCUUGUAUAUCAAACAAGACGUCAGAACUUGCUUGAAGAAAAUAACUACCAGAUCAUCAAUAAUGCUAAUGACUGUUAAGGUCUAUGGAUUCUCACCGCUUCUUCUCUUGAGGAUAUUCCAUAACGCCAUGCUCUACUGCAUUUCCAACAGACUAUAUACUGAAAAGGAUUUCUUCAAGGAUGUUUAAGCCAUUUUCUAAAAGGGGUUCCGUAGACAGAAGAGUCUUUCUUUUUCAUUCUUUCUUCCCUUCCCUCUGUCCACUGCUAAGAUGAAUUUCUAGCAUGUAUUACCUUUAAGCUGGCAAGUCAAAAUAAUGAGUUCCAGGCUGUUAAAUCCAAAUGAUUAACGUCAGCUGAAAAUAGAGUCAGUGAAGUAUGAAAGUAUUCAAAGGAAGUUGUCACAAUUUGGGGAGAAAAGUUGUAGACUCCUGUGCUCCACAACAGGAUUUCUCUGAGUCCACCUUUUGUACACUGUAUGUCACCUGUAAAAUUCAUUUGAAUAGUAAUGCUUGACAGCCUUUGUCGCAUGUCCCAGUAGGCUCGCUGAACAGAAAAAAAAAAAGGCUUUUGCUUUUCUUUUCAUAUGAAGGUGGUGGCCAAAUGCACCAUCAAAUAUGCAAUAAGAUGAAGAUUUUUCUUUUGGUGUUGCUUUUGUUUAAGAAAUAUAACUGUUUCAGCCGGAAAAUUGCUUUCAAGAAAAUUAUUUUGUAUUAUUACAUAUUCCCUCACUUUCAUUUGUCCACUUCCUUAUUGACUGAAUACUUGAAUAUGAAUAUUAGUAGCUUAAUAUAUAAAACAAGUAUAGUAUUUCCUGUCAAGUAUUUUUUUCGUUAACAGAUAUAUUCAUCAUCACAUGGUCUUGUCUACAUAAGUGAUUUGUGUUUCAAAUCGUUCUGAUAUUCACAUGGUUUUUACCAAUAAAAACUCUUUCUAUUACUGUAAAAUCCUGUCAACAAUGUUUUAUGACUUA